GAGCGGUGCCGGCGCUGGCCGCCCUGACGGCGUCGUGCGGGCCGGGCUCUUGCCUGCACAGCGCGGCUCGGGCGCUUCGCAUCCUGGGCCGGCACGCCGGAGCGCGUCGAGCCGCCGCCCGCGCCGGAGCCGCCGGCGCCCUGGCCUCCCGUUUGGCCUCGUUGCCACCUUCGCACCCGUCGUGCUGCUCGGUGGCUCGAGCCCUGCGGGCGUUGAGCGGCGAGCUUGCCGACGCCGAGCUCGCCGGAGCGUUGCCGGCUCUGGCCGCCGCCGCUUUGACGGCCGGAGGCAAAGGCGGGAGCCGCCGGCGAGCCGCCGCUUUGGGCGCCAUGGCCGCCGCUUGCUCGCGCGCCGCCCUCCGCCCGGCGCUGGGCGCGGCGGGAGCCGUCGAAGCCGUCGUGGGCGAGCUCCGGCGCUCCGUCGCCACGCCGGGACCCGGCCCGCCUCUUUUUUUAACCGCCGCUUUGUGCCUGCUUUGCCGCGAAGCCGUCAACCGGGCGAGGGUGAGGGCGGCGGGCGGUUUGGGCCUCUUGCUCGCCCUCCUGGGCGACCCGCGCGCCCGGCCCGCCCGCCCCCGCGUCCUCCUCGCCCUCGCCGCCUUCGCCUACGACCCGCCCGCCCUCGAGGCCCUCGACGCCCGCGGCCUCGUCCCGCUCCUCGUCGACGUGCUGCGCGGCGGCGGCGAGGACGACGCCGACGCCGACGAUGACGACGAUGACGAAGGAGCCGCCUCUUUCGAUCUGCCCGACCGGCCCGCGGCGCCCACGGCGGCACCCGGCGCGGCCGCCGGCAGCUUGCGGGGCCUCAAGUCGUGGCUGCUGUCGGAAGCCGUGUCGCCUCCUCCGUCGCCUCCCGAAGCGCCGGAGGAGGCGCCGGACGGCCGCCCGGAACGACGCCGACGCCGACGACGCCGGGGCGACGGACGGGUGCUGGGCGCCCUGGCGCUGCCGCCGGGCGCCGGCGAACCCCGAGGACCCGAAGCGCCGGCGUUGCUGCUCUUGGGGCGUUUGGCGGCAGCCGAAGAACCGAGCCGGGCGUUGGCGACGGCGCCCGUCGUCGCCGGGCUCCUCCGUUACCUCGUGGCUUCACCGGCUCCGGCGUCGCGGGCCCUACGGGUGCUGCAGAGGCUCACGGGGCACCCCGGAUGCCUGGGCCCUUUGGUGGGUGCCUACGUGCCCUCGCUGCUCCGCUCCUGGUUGGUGCUGGGCGUCGCGCCGGGUCGCGCCCGACGCCUCUGCCGCCCGGAUCGUGGCGCCGGCGCCGGCCCCCGCGACCCGCGUCACGAGCGCCUCAAGGAGUUGGGUGAGGGGCUGCUGCGCAACCUGGGGGCGGUGGCGGCGUCGCCCUUCGGCGUGGGGCUCCUGACCCACACGCUGCGCUGCGGGGCCCCCCCGGCCCGCCUGGCCUGCGCCACCGCCCUGCCCCUGCUCGCCAGGGCCGGGGCGCCGGGGCCGGCGCGGGGGCUGCUGUGGGGGGCGGGGGGCGCCGGGGCCCUGCUGGUGGCGGCCGUGGCCCGGGGUCCCGCGUCCCCCUUCGAGCCCCCCCCGGCCUUCGCCUUCUACGCCGCCGACGCCCUGGGCGCCCUGCGGGGACACGGCGCCCGCCCGGCGGCCCAGGCGUCACCGAGGUCCUCCAACACCCGGCCCCGGGCGUCACCGUGUCCUCCGACGUCCCCGAGGUCCUCCAACACCCAUCCGCAGGUGUCACCGUGUCCUCCGGCGUCCCCGGGGUCCUCCAACCCCCGUCCCCAGGUGUCAUCGUGUUCUCCACCACCUCCAGGGUCCUCCAACCCCCGUCCCCAGGUGUCACCAUGUUCUCCACCAUCUCCAGGGUCCUCCAACCCCCGUCCCCAGGUGUCAUCGUGUUCUCCACCACCUCCAGGGUCCUCCAACCCCCGUCCCCAGGUGUCAUCGUGUUCUCCACCACCUCCAGGGUCCUCCAACCCCCGUCCCCAGGUGUCAGCGUGUUCUCCACCACCUCCAGGGUCCUCCAACCCCCGUCCCCAGGUGUCAUCGUGUUCUCCACCACCUCCAGGGUCCUCCAACCCCCGUCCCCAGGUGUCAGCAUGUUCUCCACCACCUCCAGGGUCCUCCAACCCCCGUCCCCAGGUGUCAGCGUGUUCUCCACCAUCUCCGGGGUCCUCCAACCCCCGUCCCCAGGUGUCAUCGUGUUCUCCACCACCUCCAGGGUCCUCCAACCCCCGUCCCCAGGUGUCACCGUGUUCUCCACCACCUCCAGGGUCCUCCAACCCCCGUCCCCAGGUGUCACCGUGUUCUCCACCAUCUCCGGGGUCCUCCAACCCUCAUCCUGCACCAUCCCUAAGGUCCUCCAACCCCCGUCCCCAGGUGUCAGCGUGUUCUCCACCAUCUCCGGGGUCCUCCAACCCUCAUCCUGCACCAUCCCUGAGGUCCUCCAGCCCCCGUCCCCAAGCGUCACCAUGUCCUCCACCGUCCCCGAGGUCCUCCAACGCCCAUCCCCAAGUGUCACCGUGUCCUCCACCGUCCCUGAGGUCCUCCAACCCUCAUCCCCAGGUGUCACCGUGUUCUCCACCAUCUCCAGGGUCCUCCAACGCCCAUCCCCAAGCGUCACCGUGUCCUCCACCAUCCCCGAGGUCCUCCAACCCUCAUCCCCAGGUGUCACCAUGUUCUCCACCAUCUCCAGGGUCCUCCAACCCUCAUCCUCCACCGUCCCCGAGGUCCUCCAGCCCCCGUCCCCAGGCGUCCCCGAGGUCCUCCACCCCCCGACCUCCAAACUGUCCCUACGCCCGGGCGUCCCACGACCUUCUGCUGCUGCCUGACGGGACCGAACCGGGUUUAGGGGCCUCCCGGGAGGCGCUGACCCGAGGGUCGCCGGUGUUGGGCGCCAUGUUGGGCGGCGCCUUCGCCGAGGCCCGCCAGGGCGCCGUCACCCUACGCUGCGCCCCGCGCCUGCCCCUCCUCCUCCUCCUCCAUUACGUCCACGGGUGCCGACCGGCCGCCGGGUGUCCCCGGCUCCGUCCUCCAAUCGCCCGGGCCACCGCCGGGGCCACCAUCACCUUGGCCCGUAGGUACCUUGUCCCGGGUUUGGAGGCCGUCAUGGCCGCCGGCGUCUCGGGGCCGCCCGACGUCCUGUGGGCUUUGGCCGAGCGGUGGGCUUGCGGCCCGUUGGCCACCAGGGCAGCCCGGGAGCUUCUGACUGGGCCACCUCAAAAGGUGGCACCUCGUUUGGUCCAGGUGACCCGAGCGGUUCGUUGUCCCAACCGCUUGGCCCGGGCUCUGUUGACCGUCGUGGCGCCCCGGGGUCACCGACCCCGCCUCGAUAUGGGCGAACCCUUGGACGGGGGCGACCCGCUGUUGCGGUUCCCCGGGGAACCGCCCGCCCGGGAGCUCGGGGACCCUCUGGAGGACCUCGGGGAGCCCCUGGAGAACCUCGGGAAUCCUCUGGAGGACCUCGGGAAUCCUCUGGAGGACCUCAGGGACUCCGUGGAGGACCUCGGGGAGCCCGUGGAGGACCUCGGGGACCCUGUGGAGGACCUUGGGGACCUCGGGGACCCCGUGGAGGACCUCGGGGACCCUCUUGAGGACCUCGGGGACCCUCUUGAGGACCUCGAGGACCCUCUUGAGGACCUCGAGGAGCCUCUGGAGGACCUCGGGGACCCUCUCGAGGACCUCGAGGAGCCCGCGGAGGACCUCGAGGACCCUCUGGAGGACCUCGAGGACCCCGCGGAGGACCUCGGGGACCCCCCAGAGAUGCUCGGGGAGGGAGAGGACGCCCCGGGGUGCGUCAGGGACCUCUCGGAGAAGGAAGACGAGGACAUGGAGGUGGAAGGACCUCCGUAAAGAUG